AUGGCGGUGCGGCGGAGCAGGGGCUGGGCGCGCGGCGCGGCGGCUUUCGCGGCCGUGGCGCUGGCGGUGGGCGCGGGGCGGCGGUACGGGUGGGACGGCGCCUCCGCGGUGGCGGCGUUCCGCGAGGCCCGGGGCACGCUGGGGCCCUGGGCUGCGCCGGCCUACGUGGCCGCGCACGCGCUCACGCUCGCGCUGUGCCCGCCCUACGCCAUCUUCUUCGAGGGCGGCGCCGCGCUCAUCUUCGGCUUCCUGCCUGGCGUCGCGUGCGUCUUCUCCGCCAAGGUCCUCGGGGCCUCGCUCUCCUUCUGGAUCGGCAGGGCAAUUUUCAGAUACUUCACUUCAGCAAUGGAAUGGCUACAGAGGAACAAGUACUUCCAUGUUGUCGUUAAAGGGGUUGAGCAGGAUGGCUGGAAAUUUGUAUUGCUUGCUAGAUUCUCUCCUUUGCCUUCCUACAUCAUCAACUACGCUCUAUCAGCCACGGAUGUUGGAUUUUUUAGAGAUUUUCUUCUUCCCACAGUUAUCGGCUGCUUACCAAUGAUACUACAGAAUGUUUCCAUUGUAAGCCUUGCCGGUGCAGCAGUGGCCUCGACCACAGGAUCAAAUAAGUCCCAUAUAUACUCUUACCUGUUUCCAGCAAUGGGCAUUGUGUCCAGUGUUCUCAUUUCAUGGAGGAUUAAGCAGUAUUCCUCAGCCCUUGCUGUUCCUGAAGAGCUGCAAAGUUCACCUACUAAUGGAAAUGACAACGGUGAUGCUAAGCUGGCUUCCACACCAUCCAAAAACACCAGCUCUGGGAAAACUAGGAAGAGAAGGUGA